AUGCAGGACACGCUGCUCGCGAUUCUCCGCGGAGUCCGCAACGGCUCUGCCUACGGCACAAAAGUGCGCGCGCCGCACGCGCUGGUGAUGAUCUUUCUCUUCCAAAACGGUUCGCUCCGCCAGAAACUCCGCGGGAUCGUCCGCUUGACCUUCGAGCACACGAAGAAUCUGGCGCUCUUCGUGGGCGUGUACAAGUCAGUGCUGGCGAUGUUACGCACGCUCGAGCAGCACGCACGAGGACUGUGUGUGGCCACGAACGUGGGGAAGCCAGGCGCACCGUGGCACGCGGCAGUGGCCGGCGGCAUUGGCGGCUACCUGGUCUGGGGCCGCUACUCGGGCGUGAACUUCCAGAUUGUCAUGUACUUGAUGUCGCGCGUGCUCAUCAGCGUCGUGCGCGUGCUGGCGGCCAAGGGCUACGAGCCGUUGGCGCAGUACCGUUUCCAGCAGGUGUACCCGGUGCUCGCGACCGUCGUCUGGGCGAGCGUGAUGUGGCUCUACGAGAACGAGCCGACUUCGCUGCACCCGUCUCUGCUCAAGAGCAUGCAGUUCCUCUACGACGAGUCCUGCCACUGGAGCAACGGCGUCGCGGACUUCCUCCCGUCGGCGGCGACCACUGCUGUCUGUUUGCUGACAUGGCUGCGGGUCUAG